AUGACUGAUGUCGAUUUCACCUCGCUAUUCAAGACGGAGCGUCUCGUGUUUCGGGCCAUCGCUGAUGACGCCGCAGAUCGAGAGUUCAUUGCAGAUGGAGUCCUAGGCGAUCCUCAGUCCCUGGGAACCGGGAUUGAACAGCUCCUCCGACCACUUAACAAAAUGGCAAUUGAUGAGCUGUUGAGCUUGGUAGUCAGCAAAGUGCUCCUGGGCGUGAUGAUCUGCCUUCCUGGCGAGGAAGAAGAGGACGAAGAUGUCAAGGAUGACGAGCCACUCAGCGACGAGACAGCUUCUAAACUUGCAGAAAAGAAACGGGAGAAGGAGAAGAGGAUGAAGACCCAGCCGUGGAAGAAGCCAAAGCCCAUCCCAAUUGGGCUUCUGCUGGUCGGUUUCAACAACGCCCCAUGGGAAGCUCAUAUCAGGGACGUCACCUUCAGCAUUGGUAUUGCCGUCCCCUGGCAAAAUAAGGGGUAUGGGUUUGAGUCAUUGAAUUGGGCCUUGGACUGGACCUUCAGAGUUGCCAACAUGCACAGGGCCAGCAUUGAAGUACUGGGGUGGAAUCCUCGAGGUUAUCACCUCUACAAGAAGUUAGGAUUUGUUGAGGAGGGAAGGAUGAGGAAGAAGAUGUACUAUAAUCUGCAGUGGUAUGACAGGAUACAGUUGGGGAUGUUGAGGGAAGAAUGGGAGGUUCUGAGGGGCCUGAGAACAAGUGAGUCAUUGACGGAUAACUCCCUGUAA